AAACGCAUCGAGGGGGCGCUAGGACCCCGCUGCUGGCAAAGGUGCCUGGGUGCCCACCCAUGGCUGGCAGGCAGAUGCUGAGCAGACUGCGGCAGCUCCGGGUCGCUGUAAAUACCCGAAGCCAGGGAAAGGCGGGCGGACAGGCAGAAGGACGCGACUUGGGGAGGUAGGAAGUCGCUCCAAGACGCAGCCGCGCCCUCGGAUGCCCGCGCCGGUGCCGCUGCCUUCCAAUGGAUACCUGCUGAAGUUCCUCUUGGCUUGGGAGCCCUAAUCAGGCUCAGUCACCAUCAGCAUCAAGGGAAACAACCCAACCAGGACCCACCCAUGGAGAACCAGUCUUGGGACUUCUUUGGGGCUCCGUUGGGCAAUGCCAGCGCCAACCAGACUCUUCUGGACAAGAUGCCUCAGCUGCCCCUGGAAGUGCAAGUGGUGACCAUCUUGCUGGUGCUGCUGAUCUGCGGGGUGGGCAUCGCCGGCAACGUCAUGGUGGUGCUGGUGGUCCUCCGCACCAAGCACAUGGUGACCCCCACCAACUGCUACCUGGUGAGCUUGGCCGUGGCCGACCUGAUUGUGCUGCUGGCCGCGGGGCUGCCCAACAUCUCGGAAGUGGUGGCCUCCUGGGUGUACGGCUAUGCCGGCUGCCUGUGCAUCACCUACCUGCAGUAUCUUGGCAUCAACAUCUCAGCCUGCUCCAUCACGGCCUUCACGGUGGAGCGCUACAUCGCCAUUUGCCACUCCAUCAAGGCGCAGCUGCUCUGCACCGUGGCCCGGGCCAAGCGCAUCAUCGCCUGCGUGUGGCUGUUCACCUCUCUCUACUGCCUCAUGUGGUUCUUCCUGGUGGACACGUCGCAAGUCCUGUUCGCCGACGGCACGCAAGUCAAGUGCGGCUACCGGGUCUCCAGGAACCUCUACAUGCCCAUCUACUUCUUGGACUUCACUGUCUUCUACAUCAUCCCCCUGGGCUUGGCCACUGUCCUCUACGGCCUCAUUGCCCGCAUCCUCUUCAUGAACCCUCUGCCUGCCACCCCGCAGCACGCUGGCCGGCCGAGCAAACAUGGCGGCUCUAUCAGCACCUCCAGCUCCAUGAAACUCUCCUGCCGGGGGAACAAGGGUGCUCUCAGCUCCAGGAAACAGGUGACGAAGAUGCUAGCGGUGGUGGUGAUCCUCUUUGCCCUCCUGUGGAUGCCGUACCGCACCUUGGUGGUGGUCAACUCCUUCAUGGACCCUCCUUACCUGAACAUCUGGUUCGUCCUCUUCUGUAGGCUCUGCAUCUACCUGAACAGCGCCAUCAACCCCAUCAUUUACAAUGUGAUGUCUCAGAAGUUUAGAGCUGCCUUCAAAAAGCUAUGCAAAUGUGGGGGGAAGAGGACAGAGAUUGCCACUCAGUACAACGCUCCUGUCUUCUACAGCACCAUGAAAGACUAUUCCCAUGACAGUUCUGAGCACAACAUCACAGAACAAGAAGAUCUCAAUGGCUACCCAUCAUCAGCAAGGAGGAGUAAACCUUCCAAAUAAACGCAUCACACAAUACCAGCUUUGGUAAUGGCAGCCACCUACUCAAGUAGUUCCAAGAAUGUGUGAACAGCAUGCCACAGGCCUGAUGCUUCCCUCUUGCCAUUUGUACGUAAUAUUUAUACAAGGCCAACCAGUUUGUUUUGUGCUUUAAUGUUAACUUCGGGUCAACCUUGGUCAGCAUUUUGGAUCAUUAGGCGUUCCGUAAAGAUUGUUGUGGUGUGAUGGAAUUUCCUGUGACGUAUGUGUCUCCUAAUUGCGCCCAACGUGCAAUUACAAUUGUGUCAGGGGAGACUGAGGGCAGUGUUCGCGUACCCCAACCCUCCCUGUCGGCCUGGCCCCACUGCUGUCCACACGUUGGAGGGAAUGGUCUGAAGGGGGAAGCAGGUCCUCCUCUUCCAACCUCCCCUUGCAGGGAAGGGCCAGGCCAAUAGGGAUGUGAUUGAGAGAACGUGGCCAACAUAUAUGGCCCCACUCUCCCCUUCACACGAGUGUAAUCACAUGGGAGCGAAUGCCAAAAUAAAGCUAAUACUUGCAGUUGUGUUACGCUUGGUUGUUACCUGCAGCAGCAGCUUUCACUGAGCAUUUAGGCCCCACAAUGGUUACCAUGAAGACUUCAGAAAGAGCUAGUAGAAUAUCCAAGUUACUGUAACUCAUUUUAUCCCAUUACAUUAAGCAAAUUGAGUCUAUUUUGCUCAGUGCCGUCUGUUCUGACCGGCAGUGGCUCUCCAUUGUUUUCAGCAGAGACGUCUUUCCAGUCCUUCUAUACCAGAGAAGCCAUUUCAAUUGGGGGUGCCAGUGGUAAAGCCUUCUGCAUUAAAAAAAACCACACGCUCUCUCUUAUUUCUUUGUGGUCCUUCCCUGCAUGGCUUUGGUGUGAUCAGGGAGAAAGGUCUGUCAGGGUGCCAUCAGUUUGGGCCAUGUGACCUUGAUGCACGACCACUGGAGCAUGUGUCAUUUAUAAUAAAUCUCAAGCUACAAGGUUAACGACCCAUAUGACAGCACCAGGGUAGCUCCUUUAUCACAAGAUUUCUUUUUUUAAAAGGCUUAAAUCACUCAGCAGUAGUAAAGACAUUCCCUUAAGAUUUCACCUAGCGGCUAUCCUCAUUGUUGCAGCUGAUUUGUCAGCUGUUUUAGUUUCUCUGCAGUAUAUUUCCUUCGGAAUAAGCAUAUAUUUUGGUUCUGCACUGCUGGGUGUGUCGUCACUGUAUGGGUGGGUUGCUGUCCGUUGUUAUUUUUUUCUGCGCAGGCAGCUAUACCAGCGAUGGAUAAAAGGUCUCCCUGGUGCACACCUGUAAAUUGUAAAUAUUUGCAACUGUGGUGGCUUGAUGUGCUUUGGGGGGAAAGUACUCCAGUUUGUACCAUUUAUUGAAUCUAUCACCAUGAAAUGUAAAUUGACCGAUCUGCGUUCCAGUUGUAAAAUGAAGCACGUUUCGCAGUUGUUACUGUUUAUUGGUUUAUUGCAUUUGUAGCCAACGUAGUGCUUGCCAGAUGUUUGUGGAAUACAGCUGUAGCCAGCAUAGUCAAUGGCCAGUGAUGAGAGG